AUGGCCGACUCUCCAGAUGAAAUUGAGAAGGGCAACAUGAUUAACCAUUCACAGAGCUCCCUCAAGAGAACCGGGGACCAAGUCGAAUUCGUGCCUGCCGGGCGCGAGAACCUCUCCACAGCUCUCCCACCCCACGAGUCGUACGAAGGUCGCCACCGAUGGGAUCCCUCAUUCACUUGGACCGAAGCUGAAGAGAGGCGGCUUGUUAGGAAGACCGACCUCUAUCUCCUCUCAUGGCUCUGCGUCAUGUUCUUCGGCUUACAACUCGACCGCGGAAAUAUUCAGAACGCACUCACAGACGACUUUCUCAAGGACAUGCACCUGACGAGCGACGACUACAAUAACGGCACAACGAUCCAGCUGUUGUGCUUCCUCGCAGCGGAAUUCCCCGUCCAGAUGCUGACUAAACGGUACGGUUUCAAGACGAUCUUGCCUACACUCAUGAUGGCAUGGGGAAUGGUUAGCUGGGCGCAGGCAUUCAUGACUAACCGGUCCUCAUUUUACGUGACCCGUGCCUUCAUCGGAGCCUGUGAGGGCGGGUUCAUUCCUGGCGUUAUCCUGUUCUCUACAUACUUUUAUAAAUCUCGCGAACUCGCCACCCGCCUGGCUGUCUUCUGGUCCACGCUGAACAUCGCGCGAGUUAUUUCCGCCCUUCUUGCCGCGGGGAUCUUGAAGAUGCGAGGCGUCGGCGGCAAACCAGGCUGGUUCUGGCUGUUCCUCCUGGAAGGAUUGUUGACUGUUGUACUCGGGUUGGUGAGUCUCCUCUACCUGCCGCAGUCCCCUGUCGCAACCAAGAGUGUCCUCUGCCCCCACCAAUGGUACACUGAGCACGAAGAGAAAAUCAUGAUCAACUGUCUUUUGCGCGACGAUCCAGCCAAGGGCAUUACCGCUAUCAAAGAACCUGCGACCUGGAAAGACGUUAAAGCAGCCUGGGCCGAUAACAGCAUGUGGGGGAUGUAUCUCCUAGGUCUGAUCGCUUACAUUCCGGCUACACCGGUACAAGGCUAUCUCUCCCUUACGCUGAAGCGAAUCGGGUUCUCCACCUUCGAUUCAAACAUGCUCUCGAUCCCAUCCGCAGCUUUGCAGGUGAUUCUGAUGCUCGCCUUGGCCAAGAGCAGCGAAUACUUCGAGGAGCGCACCCUGCACUGCUUUAUCGGCGAAUUCUGGAUCUUGCCCCUCCUUGCUGCUUUGUUGGCACUGCCGGCCCACGGCUAUGCCUGGCCCCGAUUCACACUCACGACUAUGAUCUCAGGAUACCCCUAUUUUCACCCCAUCAUUGGCGCAUGGAUCUCCGAAAACAGCUUCGACGUGAAGAAACGUGCAUUGACGGCCGCAACGUAUAACGUUAUAGUACAGGUCGGGAGUGUGGUGGGGAGUCAGAUCUAUAGGGCUGACGACUCGCCAUAUUACUACCGUGGCAAUAAGGUGCUCAUAGCGAUCUGUUGCUUGGCUCUUUGCGUUCUGCUUAUCCAGAACCUAUGGUUAAAGAGGUUGAAUCAGAGAAAGGAAUGCGUCUGGGAAGGCAUGACAGUCGAACAGCAGUUGGAAUAUCAAAAUGAUGUUGCAGAAAGAGAGAAGGAUGGGAAUGACAGAUUGGAAUUCAAAUUUAAGUACUAA